AUGAUCAUAAUCGAUAUUUACAUUUUGAAUUUUGUUUACUUCUGCAUUUUAACUAUCCAAAGUAUCAGCUCAACGAAAAUUUAUAAAUCCGAACAACAAUUCGGAUCAACAAUCGUAUUACCACCAUGUCUUCCUCCAACACCGUCGUCUGUUGAUACAGAAACAACAAUUCUAUUCAAAUCGAACUCAGGUGAAUUGCUGACUUUGAAUGGUGUACUAAUCUCUGACAAUCCACGUUUGAUGAUAAACAAUCGAUCGUCGACUAAAUUAAUGAUUGAAGAUAUUGAUUUAUCGGACCAGGGAGAAUAUGAAUGUCGAACGAAUGAAAUCAUUAUUUAUUUAUUUCAUCUAGUGGUUGUUAAAUUCUCCUUCAUUCAAUUAACAGCAGUCGAAGGUUCUAAUGUUACAUUACGAUGUGUCGAAAACGGUAUGUGGAUUAUUGAAGAGAGUCCACGAGGUGGAACUGUUCGUACACAAUAUACAUCGGAGUUAAUUCUAAAUAAUAUCCAACGAGAUGAUCGACGUUUCCAAAAAAUUCUUUGUUCUACAUUGGAUGGACAUGAAAAACGAGAAUAUAUUAUUCAUGUGAUGUAUAAACCAACUGUCAAACUAACGAUGUCGGUCCGAAAGAAAUUGAUGUGUAUAGUAUGCGCCCAUCCGCUGCCCUAUCGUAUCCAAUGGUUGCGAAAUGCGCGAAAAGAACGCGAUGAAACUGUUCAUCAGACAAAUAUCAAUCAAUCAUGCAUUGUUCAAGAGUAUACUUCGAUCUUGAGACUAACGUCUAAUCAAGAAGAAUUUAUUGAAUGUGAAGCGGAGAAUAUCUAUGGUAGUGAUCGAGAUAUUAUACGAAUAGGUGGUAGGACAAAUUUGACUUCGGUAAUACAAACGUUACCGGCCAGUUCGUUCAAUCUAUUCUCGAAAACAAUCAGAAACAAUGUCCCGAAUAAAUCAUCGAAUGUUCAACAAUAUUAUGCGACGAUUAUGUUAAUACUUUCACAAACGGUUGUUUUAAAGCGCCAUCUAUAUGAGAACCAAUCAGAUCAUGUCUCAUUAUUGAUUGUUCAAUUUGAUCAAGAAUCUCAUCUCAUUUUUAUUCGUCCUGUUUCCUUUGACUUAACUCAAAAAAUUAUGUCUCCGCCGUCUGUUCGCCAACCUGGCGACGUAGUCAAUGAAGUCUACUCGGAAAAUAUCAAAUCCAUUAUUCAAACAUGUCUUGACGCCGGCGACGAUCCAAGUUCUCUGAUUGAACAAGCGAAGCGUGAACUACAUAAAAUGGUAACUGAAAUGAUGGCAGAAGAUGAUGCUCUACUUGAACGUAAACGAGCCGAACUAGCGCCCAUUCGUGUACGUUAUGAAGCACUCUAUCAUGAACUACAUCCGGAUAAAACCUGUCCACAAUAUGGAAACACAUUACCUGUUCUUCAGGCAUUACGGACAUAUAUUGAUGAACAUAAAAAGUUAAAAGAAGAACACGAAAAACUACUUGAACGCGAACCGGAUAUUCGUCAAGAAGAAAGACAAUUAUGUAAUGAAUUGAAUGAACGUUCAUUACAAGUUGACAAUCAAACUUUUCUGUCGAAACAACUAGUUGCACAAAUGAGUCUUUUAUCUGAACAUAUUGCGAAGUUACGUGAGGAAAGAACAAAACGUAUUGAUCAUUUAUCGGAAAUCAUUCGUAUGUUACAUGAAUUCGAAGAAGUUUAUGGAUGGAAGCGACCACUUGCUGAUACGAUGGUUGGCCGAUUAUUAGCCCUCGGACCAAUUGAAGUUGAUAAAUUUACCUUGACCAAAGAAGCUAUUGAACUUGUGGAUAAAGAAUUUGCUCAGAUCAACGAAAAAAUACAAAAAGCAGAAGCUUGUUUUGAACAAUCACAUAAACAAUUGACAGCAUUAAUGCGUAAACAUCAGUCGUUAAUUCCCAAUAGUAGAGCAUUAGCUGCUACCAAAGUCAAACAUUGUCGAAUGUCCAAAUUACCUGACUUAAUUGCGGAAGUUGAUCGAUACACUGAACAUGCUUUAGAUAAACUAACUAAUGAUAUAAUCAAAGCACGUGAACAAAUUCAUGUCAUAUUGAACAAACUCUCCGUGGGUGACGUGUCGAAUGAUUCGAAAUAUGCGAUUUUAUAUACGAAUGAUUUCACAGAAGAUAUCUAUUUCAUGCACGAAGAACUUUUGCAAGAACUUGAAGCACAAUAUGAAGUGAAUAAGACAAUGUAUGAACAAAUUGAAGUGUGGAAUGAAUUGUUUCUUGAAUUUCAAGAAUUCGAAAAAAAUGCAAGCGAUCCUCAGCGUUUCCAUCGUCGUGGUUAUAGUGCGUUGGCAGAAGAAAAAACUCGUCGAAAAUUAGAGGCGACUCUACGUGAGUGUGAAUCUCGUCUCGAAAAUCUUGCUGAAGAUUACAUGAAGAAAAAUAAUGGACAAGUAUUCAUUAUGAAUGCUAAUGGAAAAGAAAUUCCCGAAUAUAUUCGACAACGAAAAGAAGAUUAUGCAAAAUCAAAAGAACGUGAACGAGAAGCAGCGAAGACACCAGCAUCGAAGAAAAAAGCUCGUACAGAGACUAUAGCGGCACCCAAAGGUACAUUGGUUGGCCGGACCCCAUUGAAGACAAAGCAAUUUCCAAGUAACACGUCAAGUGUUAUAUCGAAACGCACUGAGUCGACGGCGAAUCUUCGAACUCCGUUAACGACAGCUCGCCGUGCUGGAAUGCCACAGCAGCUACCGACAGGUAAGACACCUCUACACAAUUCAACGAUGCAACUUCGAACAACGAAACGCACGAACAUCGAUACAACAUCAUCAACGAUCGUUACACCCGCUAAGCAACGUCGUUUAGUCAAUCAAAUGCACGAAACAAUGAAAAUGUCAAAUACAACGGAGAAUAUCUCAUCGCAUAGCAUUUUAACCACUACUUUAAAAACAUCAACCAUAGCAACACCGGGAAAACGUGCAAUACCUAAACGUGCAAUUCCAACACCGAUUCGUACACAUAAAGCAAAAUAA